AUGCUACUCUGCAUCUCUGCUCAAAUCUGGGGUGCUCAUCAACAUCAACAGGCUUCUCAGCAGAUCCCCUCUUUGAUGGAGCAGGAUGAGGUUGACCUGGAGGAACAUGAGGCGCAGGUCAACGUUAACCCACUUCCUGAGGAUGACGUGGAGACUCAGUUUGGACAGGUCCACUGCACCAUGAAGGGGGUUCCCAAGGGCAGUCGCCCCGUCAUCAUGACCUUCCACGAUAUUGGACUGAACUACAAGUCGUGCUUCAACCCCCUGUUCAGCCACGAGGACAUGCAGGAGAUCAUGAGGCACUUUGCAGUGUGCCACGUUGAUGCCCCUGGGCAGCAUGAGGGUGCCUCCACUCUCCCCACAGAGUACACCUACCCCUCUAUGGACCAGCUCUCUGAGACUCUCCCUCAGGUCCUCAAGCACUUUCGGUUUAAGAGUGUCAUUGGACUGGGCAGCGGUGCUGGUGCCUACAUCCUCGCUAAAUUUGCUCUGAACCAUCCAGAUAAGGUUGAGGGACUUGUCCUCAUCAACAUCAAUGCACGUGCAGAGAGCGUGAUUGAUUCACUUACACACAAGAUGACUGGCUGGAUCCAAGCACUUCCUGAUCAUGUUCUAAACCACAUAUUUGGAAAGGAGGAGAUCCAGAACAACCCUGAUCUGAUCGCCACAUACCGCAACCACAUCACCAAUGAUGUCAACCAGUCCAACCUGGCCCAGUUCUUCAAGGCCUACCAGAGCCGCAGGGGCCUGGAGAUCGAGAGGCCUGUCCCAGGGAGAAACAAUAACGCCAGAACUCUGCAGUGUCCUGCUCUGUUGGUGGUGGGAGACAGCUCCCCUGCAGUCGAGGCUGUGGUCGAGAGCAACGCAAAGCUCAACCCGACACAGACCACACUGCUCAAGAUGGCUGACUGUGGAGGACUUCCCCAGGUGAGCCAGCCUGGCAAACUGACAGAGGCCUUCAAGUACUUCAUCCAGGGCAUGGGUUACAUAUCGUGGGUUACGGUAAGUAUCGUGGGUUACAGUAAGUAUCUGUCCUCAGCCAGCAUGACCAGACUGGUGAGGUCCCGCACCGCCUCAGGCUCCAGCAUCGCCUCCUGCGACAGCAGCAGGAGCCGCUCUCACGCCAACGACCACCAGCCCGUCCGGGAGCACACCGACGUGUCCAUGGAGAAUGUCUCCAACAGCACCGUAGAUCAGACCGUUGUCGUGUCCAGCAGCAAGACUGAGGACGUCUGCUAGUGCCCUGGUCACUGAAAGGUCAUAGGUUGUCUCCCUAUUUCCUUUAUAGUGCACUACUUUUGACUAUGUGGGAAAUAAGGAGCCAUUUGGGACACAACCCGG